CCUUGAACCGUAAUCACGACAAUGAUGAAACCUAGACGAAUCGUAAUUCGGGGGAACUACCAUCCAUUCCUCUUCACUCUUAUGGCCCUCAUCGCCGCGGCUGAACUGGGCCUCACUGCAUUUCUUUUCACUGCCGGCAAUGAUAUCUCGACCUGGGCUACACCGGGCUAUCAUUCUCUGUUGAUUGUGUUAUGCUUCGAGGCUGCUUGGACGUUGGUGUUUUCUACGGCGUAUAUGAUAUGGGUGGUGGAUGGCGCAGUACACCUGCUUGCGAAUGUGGCAUCCUCAGUGUUUUGGCUGCUGCUUACGUCAAUUCUUUGGGGCACGGGAGCGGGCCUCAUACACAGCUCACGGAGCGGCGGGAGUUGCCUUGGAGGUACCUCCACAUUGCGGUUGGUCCCCUAUCGCACUCCUUCCCAUCCUUCACACGAACUAAGGGCUCUGGCUGGGAGUAGAUGUCGCCAAACGCUCACGGUCGAAGCAUUAGGUUGGACAGAGUUCGGUCUCUGUUGUGCGACUCUGGUCGUCACAGUUUUGUGGAUGAAGAGUGGGAAGAAGCUCUAUAUUCGAGAUUCUCGGACUCUCGUCUAGUCUGCGCCAUGUAUCCAUACCUGCUUCACUAUAUUGCUGCACUAUCCCCAGUCUUACCUAUGCCUAACACAUUUAUUGUGAUAUUUGAACGUUAAUUAAAAUGGACAACUAUUG